AUGUUGCAAUGUUGUAACUGUCACUAUUAUCCCUGUAAGUAUUUCGUUGUCCCUGCUCAUCGUCCCUGUACAUUGCCUGCAUGAUUAAAAUUAGAAAGAAUAACCUUCACUGUUGACUUACAGCUGUCCUAGGUCGAUGUUGUUCAUAAAUAUGUCUUUUGGCAAAUUCUCCAGCUGGUUGUUGUCCAAGUACCUGUCAACAAAUGACGACAGUUAGUCUUCAGGCGCAUUACUGAUAUAAACGUUGUGACGAUAAAGUUUUCGCCCCAAGACUGGAAAACUGAAUCUUCGCGGACGGCACAACAACAACUGGGGGAACUAACUCUGUAGAGACGACUUGGCAGCGAGAACGGAAACUCGUCACGAUUUCCUGGUACACGGAGAUCUACUUCGAGCGAGCUUAUAUGGACGUCAAGGAUAAGACAAUCUUUGGUUCCACAGUACUUUUAUUCUAGGUCAGGCCAACAAGCGACAUGACCUCAAGCAUACUCUAGUUUGUAAUCAUCAAAGCUGUACAAGGUACUUGCUUAAGAAGUAACUGGUGCGAAGUGCUAUUGUUACACGAAUCGCAAUAUUUGGGUAAGGACACAAAGGAGCGGAAAAAAGUCUCUUUGAAGCUAAACAAAAACUACUUAAAUAUUCCAUCUGUUUCUACGACGGAAAGAAUCUCAAAAUUAAAAAGACGGAUGCAAUAAACUCUAGGCCAUUAAAGUAGGAAACCUAGGUGCGAAUUUACAGCUCUGGUAUAGAAAACAAUACCUAUCUUAAUUGCAGCAGCGCAGCUUAGGAAAUAAAAAACGGAAAAGCAAUUAAAAGUUUCUGCUUAUUUACGCAAGAUUGGUUUGGAAACUAUCGCAUGAAAAGAAAUUAAAUUUACGCGUUUAAACUCAGCUGCUAUCUACCAUGAAAACCAAUGUUUCCAGAAAGACCAUUAACACUUAUAUUUACCUAAAAAAAACCAUGAAAUAAAAAACAAAAGUGCCGACAAGCAGGUGCAUAUGAUGAAAGCGAGUAACAACAAAAAUCUAUUCAAAAGCUACUGUGGUUUUUAUGCAUAUUUUUGAUUUAUUGAAAUGAAAGGACUUGAAAUGGUUAAAUGUGAAAGUUUACGAAUAAAUAUGUUCCGAAUAACACACACGGGAAAAUCAGUAAAUUUUCCCGUAACAACGUACUAUCAUUAUAAUCAAUAUCUUUAAGAGACAAGAAAUGUUUUUGGUAAGAGCCCAUGUUGCUCAUAGUACAGCAACGUAUUUAUAUUUUCAGGUAAAUCUGUCAACUCCAUUAUUUAGUUUCGCUUAUCAGGCGCAAAUGUCUUUUAAGAUAUCCAUCCGUAAGUAACACAUUCGUCAAUCUAUUAUUUUCCACAGGAAAGAUUUCAAUGUCGGCAUGGGAAACAACAUGAUAUUCGAGUUUCUUAAAUGGGCUUUUCCUUACCAUUAUAAAAUAAGGUGAAAACACAAACAAUAGUUUAUGCAGAGAGCAUUUGAAAUAGCUUAGACAAUUUUCGUGAUUUUGCCCUUUUUGUGAUUGAAUUCGAAAAGUUCAAUCAGAAGUUCCCUGUGAUGUAUGUAGCGAACGAUUUUUCCUGAACCGAGAGAUUUGAUAAAAUAUCCUUGGUCAAGUGUUGGUUCGGCCUUAUCAAAAGCGAUAGUCCAUAAAAAAGAAGCCAGAUCGAAAAGCUGCGGACAGACAGGCCCACUGAUUUGGCUCAAAUUUUGCAUAUAAACUUGGUUUUGAUCAUGAAAGAGAUAUUUUAAGAUUGAAAUCUAUUUUUGUAAAAAAUUGCGGCUCAAGGCCAUUUGGAGACCCUCAAGAACAUGGAAACGAGGCUGGUUGAGAGAAACUUUUCAAUGUCUGGGCUUCCUUUGCUUUCUCAUUUUUGUGUCUUUUUUAUUAUCAUCAUUAUUAUUUCUAUCAUAAAACAAGUGUACAAUUCUUCCUCUUUGGUUCGAAUGGUAAAUUUCGUAGGAAAGAAAAAUUAAGUGAUUGAACGCGCUAUUCAAUUUACUCAGUUUUAGUUGUCUUAAUAUUCCUGAAAAAUACCGUAAGUUCAGAAGCUUGUAAUACUGUACAUAUGUCGAGUUAGAACAAUUUGAUAGUUUCUUAAACAACAGCUGUAAGAGAUUAUUUGCUACGGUGAGUUCAGAGCAGGGAAACUUCAACGCGCUGCCACAUCUCCCAGUAGAAUAUGCCGAUUAGGUUUCUGGAGAUUUAAGUCGCAGUCUCUCUAGAAGCGGGCCAGUGCAUUUCGGCUGAAAAAAUUUGAUCUCUUUUAAACUAUUCCCACGAAUCAGUAUUAAUCUAAAAAUAUAUGAAUCAACCUUGAUUUCCCGAAAUAAUGAAAACUAAAUUUUUCCCGUACGAAAAUCGGUCUGCGCUCGAAGGCCUAUUUUUGAUGGUCAAAAAUAGCUCGUUUUUUCACAAAAUUUUUGUUUGAAGAACUUAAGGGUUCGCAUAUUUAGAUCGAUCAUUUAUAAGAACAAAUCACGUAAUUUUUCAUUUUUCAAUGGUUUUUGACACUGAAUAUUAUUUUUCCGCUUAACACCUAUUUCCCUCUGCUGCCAUGACCGUAAACAUGCAACUUUCAAUCUCGCCUCUGCUUAAAAGUCCAACGUAAAUAAUUAAAAUAAGAGAGAGGGGUAUGUAAAUUCGAAAAUAUAUUGUGAUUUCGGUUAAAUUUUUUUAGCAGAGCGGGCUCAUUUUUGAAAAUUACAAGCAACACUGCACAGAGAGCGGACUUAACUAUAUAUCAAAUUUACGUAUACAACUUAUGGUGGAUGCCUGAAUUGAUCACUUUGAAGCUUCUUUAUGCUUGUUGAUGCCAUAAAACAGCAUUUAGAAGGGAAAAUUCUCAAUUCCAUCCGCCGAAAGUUGACUCUUCGCCCUAAGCGACCUAUUGUUUUCUUUAUCACUCAGAGCUCAAUUGAAAAAUGUAGGAAAUGGCACUUUCGAGACGCUAGAUUUAAAAUCUUCUUUAAGAGCAUGCUCCUAGAUUCAUUACUUUGGACGGCCUUCGGCGCUCGGUGUUAUCUUCUCGUGCGUUCACCUUAAAAAUCUCACGCUACACCUGGAGGAUGUCAACUUCUUGAAGAAAUCGGAAUAAAUUUACAAUUAGAUGAACAAUAACGCACAAUAAUACCCACCAGCGCUACGCUCAAAAAUAGAAACGUAUGAUCAAUUCAUCGGCGGAGUGACGGUGGCGACGUUAUUCCUAAUCUCAUUCAUCGCUACAUACGUGCAUUGCAUGUGGCCACAGAGUUUGUCGGAUGUGAUAUAUAUUACUACGACCCUUAUAAAGCCAUUAUCACACUGACAACGACGCAUUUUUCAAGAAAGAUGGCUUCAAAUCAGACUAACCGUUUUCAGAGCCUAAAUUUAUCAGUAGAGGAGUUCAUAGACGGACAGGAAAAUAAAAAGACCAAGAAAAAGACUAAACCAUAUGUUGCUGUGUUCCAUGAAUUUCUUGUUUUGAAAGGCGGGACGAGGCAAAUGAACUAAUGACUCCUCAAGCGCUGAACAAGUUUGUCAGCGAGUUCCUUAUGACGGUUCGCAAAAAGAAGACAACUAGGAAUACGAGCCUAAUUUCUUAAGGGCAUUCUUCGCUAGCUUUAAGCGCCAUUCGAAGAAAAAUAAACUAUGGACUUUGUCUUAUGAAAGACGUCCAGUUCGAGCAAACUCGGAAAGCGCUUCAGUCAAAGCAAAGGGAUCUAAAACGGAAAGGCAUGAGCAACAAGCCUAAUGCCUCUGCUGCUUUAAGUGAGGAAGAUAUUCAAGUUCUGUUUGAAAAAGAUCUCUUGGGAAGUUCCACGGUAGAAGCGCUUUUAAACAAGGUAUGGUUCAACAAUACAAUCCCUUUUGGGUUACUAGGCCGCAAGGAGCACAGGGAAAUGUGUUCAAGGGGAGACGUAAAACUUUGUCAAAACUUCAACGUGGCAGGAGUACCUAGAAUUCAAUGA